AUUGUCUUUUAUUGACCGGAUCUUCAGCGAUAAAAGGAUUUUACAAAGGUUCUUUGGGCGCCUAACUCUCUUGACUUAAACUUUCACGAUGGAAGUCGAUGCUCAAAAUCCUACCCAGCCGUACACGAUUCUGCGCAUUAAGCGCAAACGACAUGAAGAACCUCUUGAUGCUCUUGUCAUCGAGUCAGGCAUUCGUCGCAAGAAAUCUCGCGGCGGCAUGGGCGUGUUCAAGUUCGCGCAGACAGUAGAGGACGAUGCCUGGAAUGAUCAGAGGCUGCACCAACAAAUACAGGUAAAAUAUCUGGUUUCUCUGGUUUCCCUGCUUAGUUUUGCACAGGACGAAGUUUCUCGGUUGUCUCGAGAGCCACCGGCGGUGGCACCAGAAGUGCAUCAGAAGACUGUACCCCAACCCCCGGCGGCACCUACCAGUAGUCGGCGUCUGUCGACAGACUUCAAUCGGAGGUAUACAAUCGUAGAUCAAGAGCGCGAGACUAUACUUCCAACUAGCCCGCCCGAAGUCAUCUCUACUAAAGAAUUGCCACCCAAGCAGACAAAUCCGAACUUUCGCGUGUUCGAUGCUAUACCGGAAGACAAUCCGAGCUCUCAUGAGAUGGAUCGACAGUUGGAGAAAAUCAUGCCUAUGCUCAAGGCGUAUCUCAAUGGUGCAAGCUUAGAUACUUUUUCGUGCUUUCUGCGGCUAAAUUUUAGUCUAGUUGACGAUGCUGCAGCCUCAGAACCAGCACCUGAAUCGAGUGACUAUGUUUGGGACGUCUUCUACCAUAGACCAUCGACUUUGAGCGAAUGGAAUGAAGCUGCCGCCGUUGGAACACUAACGGGUCUUCCACCUUCCCUCACGGAUCCUUAUGACUCUGACUCCGACUCUGAAAUAGAGGAUGAAGCGGACGAGGAUUCAAAUGCGGAGGAAUAUUAUAAAAACGAUUAUCCUGACGAAGAAGAACUAUCAGACUGGAGCGGAAGUGGCGAUGAAUUCCAUGAACACUCGGAUCACGAAGAUUUUUAUCGUUACGAUUCAGAAUAA